AUGGCUGCCGCGUGGGGUGUCCAGGUUGGAACCAUGACGUCCACUCCUUCUACCUCGAUUUCUCAAGCUCAUCUGCCAUCGGCGCACGGCUUGCUUCGCGGGCCGUCUGCGGGUCCCACGACCUGCCCCAACACCGUAUCAUGGCAAUUGGGAGUAACAACACCUCCAGGCCGUACCAUCAACACGACGCGGCGGGUUUUCUCGGUUCGAGCGGCGUCCUCAGGAGCCGCCACUGAGGAGCCUCACACUCGCUCCUCUUCCGCUGCGAUGGAACGGACCGCCAACUCACUCUACGAUCUGCUCGGCCUUUCGCGUCGGGACGCGUCCCUGGAGGAGAUCAAAGGCGCGUACAGGAUGCUAGCGCGGCGAUAUCACCCGGACGUCCGUCCGGAGGGUCUUACCCUCGAAGAGUGCACGCAGAGGUUUAUCGAGGUGCAGGAAGCGUACGAGGUCCUCUCCGAUCCGCAGCGCCGUGCUAUGUACGACUUUGAGAUGCUGCACCCGGCUUCCGCUAAGGCCGGCGCGCAUCCGUGGAGAAGGGAGGCCGGCUGGCGACGAGGCGUGGCGCGUCCCUGGUCCACGGUGGACUCUCCGUGGCAGUCUCCUGAAGAGGAGGAGAAGAUGCGCACGGCGUGGCGCGCGCAGUGGGGGAGUCAGCUGUCGGGUCUGAAGCAGCGGGCUCGGGCGCAGUCCAAACCUGGUUCUUGGGCUGCGCGCAUGCGGCAGGAGCAGGGUGGAGAAUCCGCGUAA